UUUCCAAAUGCCAAGUAUCUACAGUGACACCGAGAGAGGGAGGGGGAGGACUGGAGAUGAGCUGUGAGCAAUAGUUCACUAGAUGUGGGAUACGGAGUGGGAUAUGCAGCAGAACAAGAUCAGAUGGCAGUUAUACUAAGAAAGCGAGAGACUGUCGGCCAGCGCUGCUGCGAGGAUAAACUGUGAUGAGUCGAAUUGUUAAUUGGACCGGACCAGCAGGCCAUAAAUUAAUUUAAUUAGUCCGCUGUUCUAUUUUCAGAGUAAAAAUUAUGACUGAGAGCUUGGCUUCAGCAUUUCUGUAAUUUUUUAUUUGUUUUUUUUUGGGGGGGGGGUUUGUUUUUGGACCCCUGGACAUCGAGCAGAGCAGGACAUACUGGGACACUCUCCAGCUCUGGUGGAGAAAUAGAUUGUUUUAAAUCAGGCAGAAACAUGAAGAUAUUAACUGAUUAUUUGCUUUGCUUUCUCGGGAUGAUAGAGUGGUUUUACCCUUGACAGAAGAGAAGAAGACAAAAGGAGCUUGAGGAAAGUCAUGCAACAAUUUUGCAAGUGAGAAACAAAAACCUGGAAGCUUUGGAAAAGAAGGAAAAACAAAGAUCUGCUUUAUUAAGAGCACAUGAACAAAAGAAGUUGACGACUGAUACCAAGUUGUCACCAAACAGAGCUGCGCACCUCUGUGAGAGGGUUCAGCUGUGCAUGAGCCAGGCUUGUUACUUGAAGCCCCCCGGGUGCGUUUCACUGUGGCAUGAGCGUAGGAAGGGCCCACCACCACCGCAGCUUUCUGUCCCUUGAAGAAGAAGGACUCAGACUCAGCGUCAUGCCGGCCGUGGGCAGCUUUGGCAAUGGCAAGAUCCACACAAGACGCAAGGGCCACAGCCGGUUUGUCAACAAGACCGGCCAGUGCAACAUCCACUUCUCGAACAUGGACGAGAAAUCCCAGAGAUAUAUGUCAGACAUUUUCACUACUUGCGUGGACAUCCGCUGGCGGUACAUGUUCCUGCUGUUCAGCCUGGUGUUUGUGGUGUCCUGGCUGACGUUCGGCUUGGCCUUCUGGGUCAUCGGCCUCCUGCAUGGUGACAUGGAGAAAAACAGAGGGGAUUUUGUUCCCUGUGUCACGCAGGUAAACACCUUCGUGGCGGCCUUUUUGUUCUCCAUCGAGACCCAGACGACGAUCGGAUAUGGAGCUCGCUGCGUGACGCAGGAAUGCCCAGCAGCUGUCUUUAUGGUGGUCUUCCAAUCCAUCAUGGGCUGCAUCAUCGACGCCUUCAUGAUCGGUGCCAUCAUGGCCAAGAUGGCACGGCCAAAGAAGCGUGCAGAGACUCUGCUGUUCAGCCACAACGCGGUGAUCGCCAUGCGGGAUGGGAAGCUGUGCCUCAUGUUCAGGGUUGCCAACCUGAGGAAGAGCCACAUAGUGGAGGCUCAUGUUCGGGCUCAGAUGGUGAAGCCCCGCUACACAGAGGAGGGCGAGUACAUCCCCCUGGAUCAAAUCGACAUGAAUGUUGGUUAUGAUAAAGGCACUGACCGCCUAUUUUUGGUCGCUCCCCUCACCGUCAUCCAUGAGAUCGACGAAGAGAGUCCCCUGUUUGGCAUCAGCAAGCAAGACCUGGAAAUGUCCGACUUCGAGAUUGUGAUCAUCCUGGAAGGACUGGUGGAGGCAACGGCCAUGACGACGCAAGCGCGAAGCUCUUACCUGCCAUCUGAGAUCCUGUGGGGCCACCGCUUCGAGCCCAUCGUCUUCGAGGAGCGGAGCCAGUACAGGAUCGAUUACGCCUACUUUCACAAAACCUUCGAGGUGCCGUCCACGCCCAGGUGCAGCGCCAAAGACAUGGAGGAGAGGAAAUUCCCAACAUCUGGCGCCAACUCCUUCUGCUACGAGAACGAGCUGGUCUUCAUCAGCAGGGAUGAGGAUGUGGAUGGAGACGCAGAGACGGAAAAAGACAAAAGUUGUCCGUCGGAGCUAAUCCCGACUGACCGCAUUCAACAAUCUUCUCAAAGAGAAUCUGCACUUUAACCUUUUGUCUGCUGACAGAAGGGCUGUCAUGGCUGAAGUGGGUCGGGUUGUGAAUGUCAUUCACAACAUCGGUGUCAGACACUGGGACACCGAUGAGGACAUUACAGUUUGAAGACCAGUGGUACGCCACGCCGGCCACGCGAGGAAUAAAUUCAAAACGUCACAGGAUGCACAACUUUUUCUUCCUUUUGAGAUGGUUCAUGAGCUUUAUUAGAUGCAAUUGAAAACUGUCCUACUGACGAGGAUCUUAAAUCUAAAGUGCAUGAAAUAAACAUAUACGUAUGUAUUUUGAGAAAAACUUCACAGCUUCAACUGGACUACAUGCAGCUGCAAAAUGACAUGACUGCACUGAAGCCAAAUUUGUAGACUAUUCAAACAAAUUUUCUUCUCAGCAUCAUACAAAGACUCAAAGUCAUGCCAAUAACUUGAUAAAGGGGACAAAAACAUAAAUGAUAAAUUAACUAGAGAAUCUCCUUGCUAUAUGUUAAUACACAUCUUAAAAUCACUCGCAGCCUCAAAUACACACAGACACACACACACACACACAUUAUCUAGAGCUUUUCCACAUUGUCACCUCAUCUCAAAGUAGUCCAGACCUAUUUCUAACGAACAAAAACUUCUUCCCACUUCACCAUCAUGCUCUACUUUGUGUUGUUUUAUCACAAAAUCCCAGUCAAGCACAUUCUUGACUGGGUUCUUACUAAAAGAGUAACUGCUCAAAGCCAAAAUGCAACAAAUACCAAAUCACUAAAAAUAAAAGAUAAUGUCUUCUUUAAAAAAAAAAAAAAAUUAGCUAGUAUAAUGCA